CACAAGCUGGCCAAGCUUGUGUUCCGUACGCUAGCACCGUUACAAGACCGGAUAUCAUAGCCAGCCUCCCAAAAAAAAUGUACUUUUCUCACUUUCCCUAUUUGUGUUUCAAUGUGCUUUUAAUUGUAUUUGCGAUUGGACUUGAUACUAGUCUCAAAUAUUUCCACACGCUUGUAGCGUUCCACUUAAAUAGCCGAUGCCUUACUGCGAUGACAAACGCUACGACCGUAUCUAAUCUAGCGAGGCUAACCGCUAUUGUCCUCUAAGGUCGUGUGUAAAUUUCCCGACUGGAAGAUGAGAUGCCAAAAACGUGAUUAGCGAUCGGUCGACUUCGAGCUUUAAAUGUCAAUGCAGAGUCGUCAACUCGACGCGUCGAUUAAUCGUUUCGAUGCCUAGCGUUUAUCCCGCUUUAAAUCUGUUUGCGAUAUUUCUAACAGUAAAUCGUCACCUGUGGUCAAAACUGACUUUGGCCCGAACAGUAGCCAAUCAGGAAGCUCGCUGACGUUCAUGUUGUUGCCGGACAAAAAUAGAACAGGAAGCUACUUGUUGCGUUGCGUGUUUUUGUAACGUCUCACAAGUCAUCCACUGCAAUUCAGUGACCACAUAAGUCAACUGUUAGCCUAGCUGCUUCUCGUUCUAAUUCUACUCUUGUUAUCCAUCAGUCUGGAUGCUCUGUGGCACGAUGCUGCCUCUCACAGGUCAAUCGUGGUACUACACCAGCCAGGAGACUUGCGAUUGUCGAUGCUCUACCGCCCCCUGCGGCCGCGGCGAGGCACUGCAGCACGAUGGCCCCGUGACGGCCGGGAGCAGCGGAUGAGCCGCAGCGGAGGUGAGAACGGCAGCCGGGGCGUGCGGACGGGGAUCUCCCGGUCACAAGCGAGCCGAUGGAGCAGGAAGGCGGCGGCGGCCGAAGCGGCGCUGCGGCGAUCCCGGUGCUGCAUGAGCACGAGCGGCGCUACUACUCGGGCUUGCACGGGCUGUGCCGGGCGGACUCCUCCGGGAAGCGGCUGUCCUCCUCCAAGGUGGCAGAACUCUUCCAGGCGGCCCAGCUCCCCGCCGACGUGCUGCACAAAGUGACGGAGUUGUGCGGGGCCAAGCGCGCGGGCUUCUUCGGCACAGCUCACUUCUUCGUGGCGCUCAAGCUGCUGGCCGCCGCCCAAGCCGGCCUGCCCGUGCGCCUGGACAGCGCGGCGGCCGAUCUACCUCUGCCCAGAUUUGCGGGGAUCAAGACGGAAGCAGAGAUGAGAUACGUCGCCAACGCGCCCGCCGGCGUGGAGGCGCGGCGCGACGAAACGCGCGCUUCGGACCCGGGUGGCGAGCGGAAGGAGCCGCCGCCGCCAGGCAGCUCGCCGCUGGCCUUCCACGCCGACCAUUACGCCACGCCGACAGAACGACAGAUGGCCGACUCGCACAUGAAGAGGGGAGAGCGGCAGGACUGCGCUGACGACGACGACGACGACGACGAUGACGACGACGAUGGCGACGACCCCUGGAGGAUCACAGAGGAACAGCGGGAGUAUUACACCAAUCAGUUUCAAAGCCUGCAGCCCGACCUGGGGGCGCUCAUACUGGGUGCUGUUGCAAAGAACUUCUUCACAAAGUCCAAACUUCCCAUUCCUGAACUGUCGCACAUUUGGGAACUGAGCGACGUGGACCGGGACGGCGCUCUUACCUUGCCGGAGUUUUGCGCCGCGUUCCACUUGAUCGUGGCCCGCAAGAACGGCUACCCUCUUCCCGACAGCCUUCCGCCCGGCCUGCAUCUCGGAUUCGGAGCACCAGAUGACGACGUCCCCCCUCAACUUCUGAUCGUCUUUGAGGGCGGCGGAACGGGACUCGGUCGGACGGAUCGGAGUGUCACGCACCCGACGAGUGCGUUAAACGAAGGAGCCGCUCUGCAACUCGCCGCCUUUUCCCACCGGCCAGAUCUUUCCUCUCAGGACGUCGACCCGCAGACCAAGACGAAAAGUCGCCAAAGAUCCUACUCCAGCGCUUCCAUCGACGACGCGGCGAGGAAGGCGGAGGAGCCUCCGGCGCCGCCGCCUCGACCCCAGAAGAAGAGCCACUCCAGAGCCUCCUCGCUGGACCUCAACAAGCUCUUCCAGCAGGGGGCGCCAGGCGUGAAGAGCGGAGUGUUGCCCGCUCCUCCGGCGCUGCCUCCCAGACCUUCCGCCUCGCAGGUUCCUCAGACCAAAGUGCAGCAGCCCAACUUUGCAGACUUCAGUCGCUUCAGAGAAGAGGAGGAGAGCGGUGUGAAAACAGAAGAGCGCUGCCGACGCUGCCGAUAUGAUCAAAGUACGGAAGACUCGUCCAGCGCUCCCAAACAGGACCUAAGUCACAAUCCGGCCCCGCAGAAGCCCGCCCGAAGGAAGUUCCGGCCAGACAGCCAGAACGUGGAGUUCGUGGCGCCACCUUGUGGCUCUUUUCUAAAAUCCACCCAAAAAACGCCGCCCGGGCAGAAGAGGGCGAUCCAGAUGGCGAUCCGCAAAAACAAGGACGCCAACGCCGUGCUGACGCGACUCAACAGCGAGCUCCAGCAGCAGCUCGAGGUGGUCCACCGCGAGAGGGUCACCUUGGAGACGCAGCUGGACCUCCUGCGUCCCGUGGCCUCCGCGUGACCCCGGCGGCGGCUCGCUGGACAAUCAGGUCGGGAUGAACGUGCGAGAGGCCGCGAGCCAUCAAAGACGUUUGCAAACGUAAUUUUGCCGUAGCGAACGCCAUCAUGAUGACACACGCGGCCAGCAAAACGUAAAUCUUGAACGGGAUUUAUCCAUCCAAAACGUAGCGGGGCCAAGCGAACUGCACCGCUUGAUGGGAACGUGACUAUGCUGUUUAGUUUUGCACGAGAAAGAUUGUUUACUUGAUUAUGGUGUACAUGCAAAAUCAUUUUGUGUUGCAAAUUGAAUGAAGUUCCAUUUUUGUCUGUCUGCUGUUCAUAACUUCAGAUUUCAUGUCCAACACCGCGAACAGUAAAAAUCCGCUAGUAAAUCCCGACAACCCAAACAGGGGCGUAGUUUCCUAUCGAUGCCACAAGAUGACAGCAAAGUACUUUUUUUUUUUCUCUAUCAGAUGAGCCCCUGGCCUGACUAAAUGAAACUCCUCCUCUCACUUCAACGUGGUUCUUCGGCACCAAAAUGUGUUUAUCACAAAUAACCGAGGAUAGGUGUGCCCAAAUCUUCCACCAGGCAAAUAUGCGGGACUUCACUGUAGAUACCUUGCGUUUUAGAUGUGCACGUGUUUGGUCACCAUCCAAUGAAAAUCAUUUUAUCCAAAUGUUCUGAAUGGCUUUGCAGUUAUGAUGGGCGUCAAUUAUCAGCAAAUUUUCGCCACUCGGGGUCCGGCGCAAUCCCUAUCCUCAACUGUACUGUAUGUUGCUCAUCAAAAUGAUUUUCAGCGCCAAUAUUUUACUGGAUCCCAACGUUAAAAAAAAACGCUCAAAAUGAAAUACUGUAGCAUUAAUGUUGAAGAAGGAAAACAAAAAUGCCAUAAACCAGCACAACCCUCCAAACUGUUUGGGCAGCAGAUGUGCUAUGCAAAGACCAGGUUCUGCUUUAGACUGUUCUUACUGUAUCUUCUCCAACUGGGCGGCUGUUUGGACGUACGUGGAAACGCUGCAUGUUUCCGACGUCACGAUGCUCUUUUAUACGCAACUGGAAGACUGUAAUGACUGUGAAGUGAUCAAUAAAGUUGCUUAUUUUUCACAAUUGA